GUCCUGGAGGACUACGCAGAUCCCUUCGACGCGGCGCAGGUGGCUGGUAGCCAGGCAGGGCUGGAGAAGGUGACGGAGAACGAUGGCUACAUGGAGCCCUAUGAAGCCCAGAAGAUGAUGGCUGAGAUCCGCCAAAAGGGCUUACGGGAGGCUCCCACCCGGCCACUGCACCUCUAUGACACUCCCUACGAGCCCGUGCUUGGAGGGCUGGACAUGGAUGGCGACCGCCCGUCUUGCUCCAGGCCCAGAGAGUCCCGGCUGCCCGAAGAUGAUGAGCCGCCGGAGGAAUAUGACCAACCCUGGGAGUGGAAGAAGGAGCGGAUCUCCAAAGCCUUUGCAGGUCCGUCGGAGGGACUGGGGUACGGCCGCACCUCGCCCUGCCGGGAGGAGAAGACUAGGGCUGCCCUCAGGCACGGCCCCAGCAGCCUCAAGAGCACCAAGACGCUGAUGGCUGAGCCUGGGCCCUUCCUCGGGGAGAGGAUUGACCCUGCCUUGCCCCUGGAGAGCCAGUGCUGGUACCACGGGGCCAUCAGCCGGACGGAUGCCGAGACCCUGCUGAGGCUGUGCAAGGAGGCCAGCUACCUGGUGCGCAACAGCGAGACCAGCAAGAACGACUUCUCCCUCUCCUUGAAGAGCAGCCAAGGCUUCAUGCACAUGAAACUGUCCCGGACCCAAGAGAACAAGUACGUGCUGGGUCAGCACAGCCCGCCCUUCGACAGCGUGCCGGAGAUCAUUCACCACUACGCCAGCCGCAAGCUGCCCAUCAAGGGGGCUGAGCACAUGUCCUUGCUUUACCCGGUGGCCAUCCGUACCCUAUAG